AUGCCACGCUGUCGUAAAGAAAAAAAGAUUCCUUACAGGACUGAUGAUAUGGUACAAAACGUUAGAAGUUCUUUUAUUAGAGAAGGAGAAAAUAACUUGCGCAACUACUCGGAACCUGUUGACGAUCGCAUGAAAGAUGCGUAUGAUCGUAUGAAACCGUCAAAUAUGUACAACGACAUGUCAAAUAAAGCAAGGUCGUAUUCAAAAUGGAAUGAUUAUGAUCGCUCGCGUCCAAUCGAUUCGUACAGUAGAAAUAUUCGAGACGGAUUUGAGCCACGAAACGCCUCUCCAUACGCAAAGAAUUUAAUGGGUGAUUUACCAACAACAAGAAAUAUUCGAGACGGAUUUGAACCACGAAACACUUCUCCAUACUCAAGGAAUUUGAUGGGUGAUUUACCAACAACAAGAAAUAUUCGAGACGGAUUUGAACCACGAAACGUCUCUCCAUACUCAAGGAAUUUAAUGGGUGAUUUACCAGUACCUAGAAGCACUCAUACUGCACGUGAACCGCGCCGCUUAUCGCCAUAUGCCAGUCGUUCAAAUAAUUUAAUGGGAGAUUUGCCGGACAUUCAACACAAUCGGGAAACUUAUGAACCUCACUAUAUUCCUGUGAAAUUAAAUCGUUCAAAUAAUUUAAUGAAUAAUGUGUCAGAACCUAGAAAUAUUCGAGACGGAUUUGAACCACGAAACGUCUCUCCAUACUCAAGGAAUUUAAUGGGUGAUUUACCAGUACCUAGUUCUGUUUCUAGUAAUGGGAACACAUAUUCAUACUCUAUCCCACAACGUCCUAAUUUGAAAAUAGUUCGCGAAGAGGAUACAUUUAACAGAUAUAUGGAUUAG